AUGGACUUCGAGGAUGAGCUUGAGCUCUCCCCCAGGUUUGUAACAUCGUUGCUUCGUGGUGGCACUGGAGUCGGAGUGCUGCAGCGAGCUCAUGAUGAGCUGACACGCCGCGCGCACAACGUCUGGUUGGAAACAGGUCGCAGCGAUGACAAGGCAAACUGGGAAGACGCGGAACGUACCUUGGUGCGCUGGAGGAGACAACCCGAUUCAGGAAGUGAAGAGGAGAACACAGGACUCGACGCCUUUGUGGGCUCGCCAAGUGCUGGAAGCUUUGUGGAUUUUGCUGGUAGUCGCGACCAGCUCGCAGAAUCCUGCAUCACGCUGGAGGCAAAUCUGCAUGCAGCUAAAGCUGCACUUCAGCAAGAGAAGUGGGCUGUAAGGGCAUUGCGCAAGGACCUUCAAGCAGAGCGUGCUAGAAGCAAGCGCUUCUCAUUCAAGUUGAUGGCGGCCGAGGCACAACUGUACAAUGAGACCUCCGCCAAGCCCAGCAAAAAAGGUCACCCCAGGACCUUGAAUACACGGAAGAUCCCGGCUCUCACCGCCCUCAAUGGAUCAAAGAACGAGUGGCGAGAAGUGGAGCACUAUCCAUUGACGCCAAGAGCUCGAGUCCGCCGGCGCUUGUAUUCCAGCCCUGCACAUAGUUCCUGUAGCAGUGACUGCGAAGCGUGCGAGAUCAGUUCCGCGGCAAGUGGUUGUCACACACCAACAGCAUCAUGGUGGUAUGAUGAUGAAAACGACGAUUCUGCAACAGAUCCGGAUCACUCUGAUCUUUGUGACAGGGCGUGCAUCAGUGAAGCUGAGUGCUCAGAUUCAUGGUGGUUCUCCGAAGACAGCACGCAACAUCGCACGGCAAGCGAAGGCAGUAAUUUCACAUUGCCUGCUAACAGCUCAUGCACUUCGGUGCCCUGUGAUUUCGAGCAGGAUGCAGACAUGAAGGCAGAACCUGUUCAGGUCAGCUUCUGGGAUAGAGACAGCUUGUGGCUCGGAAGCACAUACAGUGCUAUCGAAGAUCUUCUGGGCCGUGGGCAAAAGAAUUCGUAG